AUGAAUUCACCAAAUUCUAACCAUCAUUGUUUACUUCGUCACGAUCCUGUUACUGCACGUGCCAUUUCACGUUUAAGUCAUGGAGUUGCUCGUUUGACUGCAAGCCUUAAUCCCGAUAGACAGUAUCGACAUUUUCGUACCAGACACGCAAAAUCCAGGAACAGAACUGAAUCAGAAUCUAUAUUGAACGACCGCCAAUCUAUUACAACAGGUUCAAAACGUAAAUGGCAACCGGAUAAAAUUGAACUGGAUACAAUCAUGGAAUUGGAACAUUCCACGGCUGUUUGUUUGAAACCUGUGCAAUCACCACCAUCAUCGUUAUUAUUAUCAUCGUCAUCAUCAAACAUGGAAUCAUUACAGCAUGUAUCCGUAUCGAUAGAUGCUUUAAAUUUACAAACUAAACCAAUCCCACCCUUUUCUUGUUCAAAUCCUAUGUUGUAUAAAUCACUAAGCUCCGAUCAUAUUGAAGCCGUGGGACGUUAUUCUUCAGGAUCGUCAAUGCUUUCAAUCACUGGAUCAUCAGAUAAUAAUUCUGAGAGUGAUGCUUCGUCACAUGAUGCUGACAUUGAAGAUGCAGAUCAUGGUGACUUAAUCUGUUUCAAAGGUGGUAGAUCGUUGACAAGAAUUAGUAGACGUAAAUCAUCUAUUCUCGAUAAACAUUCUUAUGAAUUAUGGAGACCAAUGGAUACUGUGUUAUCACCGGUUAUCUCAUCUAGUUAUCAACAAACUAAAAGAAAUACUAUCAGUGGUAUGUUAGCCUCGUCAUCAUCUGAUACAAAUCAUUGUCGCCGUGGUCGUCGUAACAAGAAAUGCAAGUGUAGACCGCGAAAUAAGAGUGAUACUACUGAUGAUAAACAUGGAGAACAUAUCUGUCAUAAAAGUUGUAUCAAAAAUGGCUCACAUUCUUCGUCUAGUUCAUCAUUGUCAACUGAAGAAUCAUCCGAUGAGAAACGUUCGAAAGGUUUCAUUGUAUACAAACAUCGAUUCACCUCUAUACCAGAACAUCAGAACACUUGUGAUACUGAUAUGAUGAAUGUGACUUGUCGUAAUAAAAAAACUAUUCAAAAAAACAUCAAAUCACCAUCUAUCAUAACAGAUAACAAUCGUUGUAAAACAGUUGUUGAUCCGUUCAAUUCAAAAUAUCAGUUAGAUGAUUCAACUAAUUCAACUCUAGAUGAACCUGUUGAUCCGGAACUGGCUAAUCUUUUACAUGGAACUUGGCCAUUAUUAAGUAACAGAGCAAAAUUAAAUUAUACAAAAGCAAUGAAUUUAUCUAAUUCAAAACGAUAUCCUAAUUUUAAAAAACGCAAUACACCUAAUAAUCAUAAAAUGAAAGAGGAUUCAAAAUCUAUCCAACAAAAUUCAAUUAAAUUUCUUCCAUCUAAAUUAAAUCAAUUUUAUAUACAAAAUGAUUCAAUAUGUAAGACUGAUAAAUCUAACCGUCAAAUGCCUACACCUCCAUGGAUGAUUAGUGACAAUGAGUCAUUACGGGAUUCUGAUGAAUUUGACUCUGAUCAUAAUAAAAAAGUACAUACUCCCUGUGUGAACAAUCAACGUCCAUGUAUUGACAAUUGGAAAGCAGAAGUGUCCAAUGCUAAACCAUUAAACGAGACCAAUAAAGGUCAUCGUUUAUUGCAAAAACUUGGUUGGAAACCUGGUGAUAAAUUAGGGCAAAAUGGUAAAGGUCUAAUCACACCAGUCAACUGUAAAGAAGAUAGUCAUUCGUUUGCGAUAUGA